AUGAGCAGGGACGAGUAAGUGAGCCAAGGUCAUGACACCAUACAUCGGGACGCGCACGAACACGCGAAGGUGAGUACUCAAUAUGCAGCAGCACUCUUCGGACUUCCUCAGGUAAGGUGAUGAUCGUUUGCAUUAAACCUUACGUACAGAUAGCGUCCCAUCCGUGGACGCGGGGUGAUAUCGGCAACCCACACCAAGCAUGGCGUGGAGCGAUCGAAGGACAGGCGCGAACUAUGAAGCUGAAGCCUGCGGUCCUCUGGUCCUGUGGCCGCCGGGUCAAGAUGCGGCCAGGUCGGAGGAAGGAUCGCAAGGAUGCUUCGGGGAGCCCUACGCCCAGUGCACGGCUAAGCAGCAGUGCACAUCGUGUGCACGGAGUACGCAGCACACGAGAUCCCCCAGGACGGAGGACCGGAUCCCAAGCGCACAGGGCCUUCGCGCGCGCCAUGCCUGAAUCACAGGUAGUAAUUCCGAUUUCAAUUGGACCUCCGUACUUGUACCUCGUACGCCGUACGUCCUAGUGAGCAUGCCGUAUAUUCGUAUUCGGUAUAUGUAUACGCGUCGGGGACGGGUCCGCAGUAGUGAUAUAUGGAUAAGGAUGCGAUGGAUGCCGACCGGGCCCUCCGCGGGAUAUCGAGUAUCCGUAGUAGCAGUAGCAGUAACUUAGCAGUAGUGAGGAGGUCGGAGAGACACAAACACGGUUGGGCAGGAGGAG